GCUCACUGACUUCGCUGUAUUCGAAUGAGGGAAGUAAUGAGUCUUUCACACGCGCACUACUAGUAUCCUUUCAUCCUCGUCAUCAACAUCAUGGUGUCCACAAAGAUGCGUCCACGGCAGCGUGUGCUUGUUAGCGCGUUGAUCGCCGGCACCGUUGCUUUUUUCUUCGCGCCUGUGAUGCGGCUGCAACAGGUUUUAGCGUUACUCGGUUAUUCACCAAGGACCUUCUCUCUCGAAUUUUCUCCGAUGUUGUACCACCUAGCGCACGGCGUCUCAGUGUUGGCAAUUUUCUUCGCCUGUCUGGCUGUUCUAGCACCACAACGUGCUGCUUUGGACAAGAACAGAAAGACGGCCAAAGAAGCCCAAGAUGAUGAAACUGGUAAAAGAAAAUUGAUAGAGGUGCCGGUCGCGUCGCUGCGUGUGUACCCGAUCAAAAGCUGCGCUGGCGUAGAGAUCUCAAAAGGACGGUUAUUCGAACGUGGACUCGAAUUUGAUCGCGAAUUCGGAGUCAUGCGCCCAGAGCUAUCUCGCGAAGCAGAGUCGCCCCUUCGUGAUCUCACACCCUACGAACUGAUGACCAUUCGUGAAUGCGGCGAUCUCGUCAAAAUCCAGCCUCAGCUACCCAAUAUGGAAACUAUGACGAUGAAAAUAUGCUUUUUCGAACAUAGAAAUAGUCAAGCAUGUUCCAGUGGUGAUGGUGGUCUUGCUGGAAAAGAUGUUUCGACGUCCUCCUCAAACAAAGUUGGACCAACGUCGGCCUCAUCAACAACAUCACCGAAAUCCUCUGCAACGUUCGAACGGACGCAGUUGGAGGAUGUGGAUUCUUUUGUCUUGAAGAUUCAAACUGGAGAUGAGACGCAAUCGGGUAGGUUGCAGUCACAUCAAGCACAAGCAGCAGAUGGCGAGCGGGACAUGCUCCUGUGGGACAGCCUUGUCCGCGGCAUCGAUCAAGGUGACGAAGCAGGAGCGUGGCUUUCUAAGAAGCUCGGGCGGCCUGGGCUGCGACUGGUCCGUUUUCAUCAAAGAGAUGGGCAUACAGACGGAAAAUUCAAGCCUCCACGCUUUAUGCCACCUCCGAGGUUUGCGGAUGGGAUGCCGCUGCUUGUGGGCACCACAGCGACGUUACAAACGAUCGGGUUCGCUACGAAUCGCUCAGCUGACGAGGUGAGCCGGCGCUUCCGGUUUAACAUUAUUCUGGACAAUACUUCGCCCGUGUCCCUAGAAGCAUUUCUAAAGAAAGACAACGGCAACAGCGGCAAAAGCAGAAAUAGAAGUACAACUAGUGUAGGUUCUACGUCUGCGCCGCGUUGUAGAUACGAUAAGUGGCGGAAUCGGUUGGCGUUUGCUGAGGACGCUUGGAAAGGAGCAAGAAUAUCUGAAGAACAAUAUGUUGACGAUCUUUUGGACCAACAUCAGGUUCGAGAAGCAAAUCUGCUCUUCCUGAAACCCUGUCAACGAUGUCCGGUUCCACUGGUAAAUCCGAAGAGCGGGCAUAGCGACGGCGCAGAACUGUACCGUGUUCUGAAGCAAAAACAGAAACGCACACUAGAACACUUGAUGACAUCCCACUUAGAGGGUGAGGAUCCGCCUAGAUCCCGUUUCGCGACAAUGCUAGACGCGUUUCUGCUCAAAGUCUUGGGAUUCGCGGAAAAAACUCUAUCAUGUGCUGCUAGUAGCAAGGAACAUCGAGUAAAAGCAAGCUCUUCCUCAGUGGACGAGGACCAUUUGCGCACAGAAACGCAGAAUCUGUUCUACAAUCGCCGACUGCAGCCUCACUCGCCGCUUCUAGCAUGGAUUCGCAUGUGCGUUCACAAUAUCGUAUCCAAGCGCGAAGAAGACGCUUUUACGGGAUACUUCCGCACGCGCUUUUCUUUAGACCGCAUGAAGAAUGCUGGAGGGCUCUUUGUCGGUAACAACGCUGCUGUAAACUUCUGCAUCAACAAAGUAGAUUCAUCAGAAGCAGAUUCGCUACAAAAGGAAAACGAAAGAGAAAAGCCAGGACCACACGCCGUACAGAAAUUCGUUUGGAUUUCAACAGCAUCACCUAUGCUCGUUCAUACCACGUGAACAGAUCGUUUACUUUCAAAAAUUCAGCUUCGAAUGUUGGGUGGAUUAUCUCGAAUUGGAUUUUGAAAAUCACAAGAACAUGAUCAGCGAGGUGCGUGCCCGCCACCACUGGCGACCUUGUCGUGUAAACUACGACAUGGAAGAUGCAACAGUGCACACUCACUACAGCAUGCUUUGUAAAGAACUUUUUCGUAUCUUCAUCGCGGAUCAUGAAAGGUCCUUCCUUAUUCUUCUGGGCAGGUCACUCAAAGACUGGAAAGUAGAUGAAG